GUUGUGGGCCACUAUGUUCAGCAAUUUGGGGGUGGAGCAGCCUUCCCAGUGAUCAGCUUCUUGAACAAGUUCUGCAAGAAUUUGUCCAUCACCAUAGCUGUGGGAGAGGAGGUGUUCAAGGCCAUAGCCUUUUGGGAAGUCAAUGUGACAGAUGGUGUGGCAAAGUUGAUCACAAAGUCAGACCUUGACAAACUCAAGUCUCCUUCUUUGAGGCCACAGUUGCUGAAAGCUGAGCACUUGUUGAAUGAUGCUUGGCAGAUCAUCCAAGACUCACAAGGGCAUGAUGAUGAUGUCAUUCCUGCCUUUGGGCGAAUGCUCAUUCGAACAAUCCUUCACUUGUGCAAGAAGGAAAAGAUGGGCAGAGAGCCUAAGGGCCAUCGCUCACUGGAAGACAUCUGCAAGCUCUUUGCAGAGGAGGCAAGAGGCAGCAAGCCUGCAGGUGAGAUUGCUGCCAGCAGCAAGGAAGAUGAGGAGAAACCUUUGGACUUGCUUUCUGGUUUGACCUUGGGCCAUCAGGCCUUGCUGCAAAACAAGCAGCUGCAGGAGGAUGGGAAGUAUGUCAAUUCUGAGCAUCCUGACAAGAUCUUCAUUUUCAUGGGCCUGGAGAAUGAGGAUGGCAGAUUCGAGCACAAGCCAUUGUAUGGUGAGCCUGAAGUGAUCAUGGUUCCUCCUGGCCAGUUCAAGAAGUGGAAGCCCACAAGGCUGCAGUUGCCCACCUUGUGCCCUCAAGCUGCAGCAGCAGCUCACAGUUUCGGUGCCAGUGCUUUGCUGCAAGAGAACAGGAAGAUGGUGGAGGCCCAGGCCACGCUGAUCAAUAUCUUCGAGGAGCACAACACAGGGACAGCUGAAACCCUGGAUUAUUGCCUCCCGACCAAUCUGUAUGCCAAGACAGAUUGCAGCGUUGGAGCAGGAAAGCUCAGGCUUCUGCCACUCUGCAACCUUGUGAAGGCCAAGGACAACAGCAAGUUGGCUGUGUGGGUGGAGUGGGCAGGAACCAAGUACAGCUUGUCUCCUUUCACAGCCCUUAAAGACUUUGCACAGACAGGGCCAUUCGCGCAGUAUUUGGCAUGCUUUGCUUGUGCAGCUGAUGAGCAUUAG